AUGGAAGAGACUCCUCUUUUCACUUUCUCUUCGCACCGCAAAUCGCAUCUCAAAAGUCGAACUUAUGGAACUCUCAUUCGAAUUUUAUCACAACCUCAGCUUUCUCAAUUUGUUACUCCGCCACCAGAUAAUGAUGGUGAUGGGCGGUGGGAUGUCUUGGAAAACCAAGCAUGUAGUAGGCAUUUAGAGUUCUGUCAUGAAAGUUUGCCGGACAAAAAUGGCCCAGAAAGAGGGUUUAGGGAUACGCAAGUGGUUAUUGAUGAGAUAGAGAAUAUAAUGAGAAUAGAAGAAGAUGAGGACUUGGUGGUUGACCAUACUGCUUGUGGAACUGGUUUACAAGAUAGAGAUUUAAUUCAGGCGCAACAUUUGUUAAUUGAUGAGUUAAAGCAUGUCAUGAAAGGAAACGAGGAGCUUGUUUGUCAUAACAAUUCUGGUCCUGUGACUAACCGGAGCCAGAAUGCUGGUGACAUUGUUGCUGUUUCAAAUAACCAAGAUGAACAUUUUAAACUUGAUUCAAUUGUUAUCGAAGAAUGCAUCGGUGAGGGUCUGCUACAACUUGAUGAAGAAGCCCAAUGUCAAAAUAAUAAUACAAGCAGUGAAGUUUCAAAACCAGUUGAAAAUUUUGAAGAAAGUUCAUUAUCGAGGACUAAUGGAUUGGAAGUAAAUAAUGAAAUGCAAAAGAAAGAGGUACAAUUGGACAAAUCAGUGUGUGCAGAUGCCACAAUGGGUUAUCCCACUCACACGAUUGAAUAUGGUGAGAUAGAAGAGGGAGAAGUUUCUGGUGAGUUUGAGGUGGAUGAUGGAUCAGUCGACGUGUUUCCUGAGGAUGUUGUAUUGCCACAGGAAAAGAAAGUUGAUGAGAAGCAAGCUUCUGAAGAUAUUAUUGAUAAAAACAGGUUCCCUUUUAAGGAAAAAAUUGAAGCAAACAAAAACAACUCUAGGUUCUCUUCUUUUAUUGCGGACACAGUUGAAAAUGCCAAAGAUAGAAGAGAAGUGGAAGCCCAACAACGUUCAUCAAGUGAAAUGGCAUGCAAACGGAAAGUUGUAACUUAUGAAGAUCCUAUAUUAGCUGAAGAGGGUGUCUGGUGUAAGAAACAAAAGAAAUGUCGUGCAGCAAGGGAGCAGAAUGAAGGGAGUGCAGCAAAAGAACAAAAAAGAGACAGCGGAGUUAAGGAACAAGAGAAAGGUAAUGUUGCCAAUGAUGGUGUUGGCUGCCCAGUGGCUUGUCCUAAUAAUCUGGCAUUGUUCACGGAAAAGUCAGAUCAAACUGCAUCUGCAAACCAAGAAAUUGCAUCGAAAGAAAAGGAUGCUGGUCUAUGCAAUAAGAAAAAGCGGGGUCCUCCUUCUAAGGAAAAGAAAGCAAAGAAGAAGCAAAAAGAACGAAAAAAGCGGGCAGAAAAAAACAGACAACUUGGUGUUAAAAGGAUGAAGUUACAUCCUGUGCUGAAUCGAAAACCUGUAUCACCCUGCCGUCAUUACCUCAAGGGGAGAUGCCGGGAGGGUGAAAAGUGCAAAUUUUCCCAUGAUACAAUACCUCUGACAAAAUUUGAGGUACAAUCUUUUAAAUUGCCAUGCCAUCAUUUUGCACGUCACAAAUGCAUGAAAGGGGACAAUUGUCCAUAUGAUCAUCAGCUCUCCAAGUACCCUUGUACAAAGUAUGUAUCAGAAGGUCAUUGCAUCAGGGGUGAGAGUUGUAUGUUUUCACACAAGUUUCCACUUCAGGAAGAUCCUUUAUCUUCUUCAAAUGUUUGCACUCCUAAUGCGAAGCCUCCAUCUUUGCCAAGCACUUCAAACUCUAAGAGGCAACUAGAUAUUAGUGGAACUUCCAACCAGACUGCCAAAGCCGUGCCUGAUUCCACAGGAGUUAUUUCUGAUAGAUGUGCUGCACUAAAUAUGGCAAAGACUGUACAGAAUCUGCCUGCACUGGUGCCCAAAGGUAUUAACUUUCUUUCUGGUGGGAAGUCAUCAAUGGUUGAAUCCAAUCCUAAACCAAGCAGCCCAUUGUUGAAGGGUAACGAGUUUGUCAAAGUUGGAAACCAGAUAGAUCAAUGUGCAUCGGUCGCAGUUCAAAAUUGCAAUGAGAUUCCAAAGAAAAUUCCUCCAGCUGUUGCACCAAAGGGGAUAAAUUUCCUUUCAUUUGGCAAAGCUCCAUUGGAUAAAUGUUCUAGUAUGAAAUUAACAAGCUGGGCUAUUAAUCAGGGAAAUAGCGUCAAUUUAUUUUCGUCCAAAAAUUUUGUUGUGCAUGAAGAAGCGUGCUCAUCUCCAAAUAAGGAUAAGAGCAUCCUAGCUGGCAAAGAGGUACACGAAAGUAUGUCAAAUAUUGUGCAUAGGUUUAAUAAGAUGCUGCAGAAAACUGAACCUGCAGCAUUUCGAGAUCCUUCAACAGAUAGUUCUAGGAGAAAUCCACAGGCUAGCUUGCCUUUGAGUUCUGGCAGUGGUGUUCAUAUGUCUGUUCAAGAAAGUGAAAUUGCAUCCAAUAAACAUCAAGAGUCGAGUGCACUCCUGGGGAGGCUGGCAGCUUCCCCACUUUUUUCAGGUCAAUCUUCUGAUCGGUUGGCACAUGCAUGCUUGAAAAAUACACCAAUCUCUGCUCAGAAGGCACUAAUGUCAACACUGGCAUUUGCUGAAAAAGUUGAAUCUGUAAUGAAGAUGAAUCAGUCCAGAGGUGCUUUUGCUGUCAAUAACGUGGUCAGCAAGGAAAACAGGUGUAGUACUACUCCUAGAGGUUUACAGAUUGACUCAGAAAAGGCAUCAAAAGUUUUGAAUUUCCUGUCUGGUAUUGGUAGUGAAACAAAGCAGUAA